AUGUUACUUGGACUCCCGUUGCUCCUUCCACUGCUAGGACUGGGGGUUCUGGCCAUCGAUGUGCCUCGUCGACCUCAGCAGCCUUUAGGCAAUGGCACUCGACUUCUGGUCUUGAAUGAGACUGCCCCCAGUCCCAGGCUCAGAUCAAAUACAACCUCAAUCGACUGGUUUGCCGGUGGCGAAGAUGGAGUCGGCGUUACUCUAUCAGAUAAUGGUGACUUGGUCCUUCUGAACUUCAUCGACGGCAACAGUUCGAUCUUGGUUCCACAAAGCGCUAUCCCUUCUGACUACUACGAAUACUUCAUCCAGCCGAAUCUGGAGUUCGUACUCUUCUCCACGAACUAUACGAAGCAGUACCGAUAUUCAUAUUUCGCCGACUAUGUCAUAUAUAGUAUCAGUAGCAAUGAGAGUUCCCCGUUAUUCGAGGAGCAACAAGGUGACAUUCAAUACGCAACUUGGGCACCCACAGGAAAUACUCUCGCUUUCGUCCAGGGGAAUAACUUGUUCAUCAGCAACGAUUCAGAAGUUACCCAGAUCACUUUCGAUGGUGGGCCAGAUAUGUUCCACGGUGUGCCUGAUUGGGUUUACGAGGAAGAGAUCUUCGGAUCAGCCUACGCCUUCCACUGGAGUCCCGAUGCGCAAUAUCUGGUAUACCUCAGCUUUAACGAAACAGGGGUCGGCACUUUCACCGUGCCUUAUUACAUGGGAGACGACGACAUUGCUUCUCCAUAUCCUACCGAACUUGAGCUCCGAUAUCCGAAGGUGGGCACCACAAAUCCUACCGUGCAGUUUACCUUACUUGAUAUCCAAACACUAGAAAGCACUGCUAUCCCUAUUGAGGCUUUCGAAGCAAAUGAUACUAUUAUUGGGGAGGUCGCAUGGGCCACAGAUGAGCAUUCACAUGUGUUAUUGCGUGUCUUCAAUCGGGUGCAGGAUAUGGAAAAGUAUGUCCUCGUUGACGUUGCCUCUGGCAACACUACUAUCGUUCGCGAGCGAGAUGGGUCCGAUGGCUGGCUCGACAACAAUCUAGCCAUCAAUUAUAUCGGUUCUGUCAAUGGCAGCAAUGAGACGUGGUAUGUGGAUUUAUCAGAUAUAUCGGGCUGGAAUCAUCUGUACCUCCUCCCAGUCUCUGGUGGAGACAAUAUUACCCUUACGUCUGGAGAGUGGGAAGUGACCGACAUUCUCAGUGUCGAUACCGAAAGAGAGCUCGUCUACUACAGAUCAACAGCCUUCCACAGCACAUCUCGUCAUAUUUAUAGUGUAUCAUACACUACUGGAGAAAUCACGCCUCUUGUGGAUGAUACAGAACCGGCAUAUUACACAGCGUCAUUCUCUCCGGCUGGUGGAUUCUUCUUGUUGUCCUACUCGGGACCAGAUGUGCCAUACCAGGAUCUCUACUCUACAAACUCUAUUGAGCCACUGUCCACCGUCACGAACAACUCGGUUCUGUAUGAGGCGAUUCAGGAAUAUAAUCUGCCCAAUAUCACCUACUUCGAGCUUGAGCAUCCAGAUGGGUACACCUUCAACGUCAUGCAGCGUCUCCCACCGAACUUCAACUCCUCGCGUCGAUACCCAGUUCUCUUUACACCUUACGGUGGACCAGGCGCUCAGGAAGUGUCCCAGGUCUUUCAGACUCUAGAUUGGAAUGCUUAUGUCUCCUCGGAUCCAGAGCUCAACUUCAUCACAUAUACAGUCGAUGGACGUGGCACUGGGUACAAAGGCCGCGAAUUCCGUUCCACUGUUGCUUCUCAUCUUGGACGCUAUGAGCCGCUGGAUCAGAUCUGGGCCGCGGAGCAAAUACUCUCCAGCACUCCGUAUGUGGAUCCGAACCAUACCGGAAUCUGGGGUUGGUCAUUCGGAGGAUAUUUGACAGCCAAGGUGGUAGAACUACAAGGCUCACAAGAAGGUCAACAGGCCCCUUUCAAGUUCGGUCUGAUCACAGCACCAGUGAGUGACUGGCGCCUCUACGAUUCAAUGUACACAGAGCGUUAUAUGAAGACUCCCGAAACCAAUGAAGCCGGGUACAACGAGACAGCUGUGAGAAACUCCACAGGAUUCAAGGAUAUCCAAGGUGGCGUGGCCAUUAUGCACGGCAGCGGUGACGACAAUGUUCACGCGCAGAACACCGCCGCGUUAAUUGACCUAUUGGUAUCUGAAGGAGUCUCCCCAAGUCACCUUGAUAUGUUUAUCUUCACUGACGCGACACACUCAAUCAAUACCAGAGGCGGGAGUACAUAUAUAUACCGUUAUUUGAGCAAGUUUCUGUAUGAAGAGCUUCAGAGGGUGCCGGAAGAGGAACUGGUCCACCAGUGGUCCAAACGAAAGCGAGUAGAGCGAGAGUGGUACGCAUAG